GCCCUUCGCCUUUGUAGUCUGUAUUCAUGGAGCUGAUGGACGAGGAAGAGAGGCAGCGAUGGUGGCUGUCAGUCAUGCAACAAGCUGUAGCCACCCAAAGCGAUUAUGGAGACGAUAGCUCGAGCAUCCUCGAAAGAGGGAGGGCGGCAGCCCGGCGCCGCGGCGACGGCGAGAGCUUUGGAGCCUCGAGCCCUGGGUCCAUGAUGUUGUCGCCGAGCGCGCUGCUGGCAGAGCGGGACCAGCUGCGGCAGAGCUUGAUGGAUUUGGAAACGAAGGUGGCCGAUUUGGAGGGUAGCCGAUUUGAACCACCAGAGCUGGAGGAAUUGCAGCUCCUCUGCAGCACUUUGGAGUCCCAGAAGCGCAGCCUGGAGCAGGAGCUGCUACAGUUGCGCGAGGCCGCGCCUGCGGCGCCCGAAGAGGUCAGUGGGAUGAGCGUUUUGAGCGCCACGGAGCGGGAGCAGUCGGAGAAGAUCGAGACCUUGGAAAUGGAGAACUCCAAACUGCAAGAUGAUCUUUUCAGGCAGAGGGAUGAUCAUUCCAGGGUCGAAGCAGAGUUGCAGCUCGAGAAAGGCAGGCUGCGGGAGUUGCAGGAACAGCUGGGUCUCCUCAAAGCGGAAUAUGAGGAGAAAUUCCAGACCCUGGACUCUGAGAAGGCUCACAUUGAGGUGGAAGCUCCCAGCUUGGGUGCCGAUGUGGACUUUGCAAGACUUAACUUCUUGGAACUGCAGAACUCCAAGCUGCAAGACGAUUUCAUCCGGGAAAAGCGGGACCGUUCACGACUGGAAGCCGAGUUGGAGAUGGAGAGGGGGGAACUCGAUGAGCUUCAGGAACGCUUCGCGGCGCUGCAGGCAGCCUAUGAUGAAAGAUCGGCCGAACCUGUGUCUCAGCAGGAUGUUCCCAGCGCUGCGAUCGACAUUUUGGAACUGGAGAACUCCAAGCUGCGUGAGGAUCGUGCUCGGCUGGAGGCCGAAUUGGAGACCGAGAGGGGCGAACUGAAUCAGCUGCAGGAGCGAUUCAUCCAACUGCAGCUGGAGAGGUUCCAAACCUCUGAUGAGAAGGCUGCGCCCACGUUGGAAGCAUCCAGCAUGGAGGACAGAAUCCAGGAGCUUGAGGCUGAGAAUCGCCGCCUGGUACAGGAGAUGCAGCAGGGCCUUGCGGAGCAGUUGGCCACCAAAGUGCUGAGAGAAGCUGAGGACGAGUUGAAGCACCAGGCAGGUCCUCCAUCGCCGUCACGAGCUUCUGCCAGCAAAAUAAAGCCACCUGAAACUGCUGAGCUGCUUGCAAUUGACAGUCCAGGCAUGUAUGUCGUCUCGCAAACAGUCACCCUCACCGUGGGACCUGAGAAGGGCUCCGCGAAGAUUCAGAACCUCAAUGCUGGAACCGUGAUCCAGAUCUUGGAGGUGAUUCACAGGUUGGAGGAUCGACGUGUGCGUGGCAGGGUUGAGGAGCCGGCCGGCUGGAUCUCUAUUGUGGGCACAGAGGACUCCAACCGUUGGGCUGUGCGCGACUUGCCACGAAGCAACGGCUGGGUCUGUGGCAUGGCGAAGCAAAUCCAGAGCCUGCAGCGGGAGCUGGACGUCCUUCAGGCCUCUACCUCCGAGGCGCAACAGGCGCAGGAGUCGGUGGCCGCGGAGGUCUCCCGGAGUCGCCAGGACUUGGCCACGGCGCAGGCCGAGGCCGCGGAGGAUCUGGGGCGCCGGGAGCGCGAGGUGCACGCGCUACGCGAGAAGCAACGACAGUUGGAGUUGCAACUGCAUCAGGCGCAGCUGCAGAGCGACUCUCCAGGCAUCUACGUCCUCUCCGGCGACGUGGACGUCUGCGCGGACGUCUGCCGCCACUCGGCCAAGGUGGGGCGCCUCCCGGGCGGCCGCGAGGUGCCAAUUUUGGAGGUCCAGCACCGGGAGGGCGACAAACGCGUCCGCGGCCGCGUGGCGCUGAGCGAUGGCGCCGGCCUCGAAGGGUGGAUCUCGCUGCUGGACAUUGGCAGCGGGCACCGCUGGGCGCAGCGGCAGCUGGGGGCCACCACGGAGUGGAUUCGCGAGCUGAUGGCAGGUUCUCAGGGAGAGGUGCAGCGGGAGUUGCUGGAGUUGAGCAGCCACGGAGUUGCAGCUGGUGCACUCUCAGGUGAUACCUUGGAGCUGCAGGAACUUCGCGGUAAGGUGCUGUUGUUGGAAGCCAACCGUGAAGAACUGAGCCUCCAGGCAGAGCUCUUGGGCACGAAAUAUGGAGCCCUUCAAGCGGAACAUGAGGAAUUGCAGCAGUACCUCGCCGAGGUCCAUGCGGAUUCGGCCGCGGCCCGGGGACGCUCGUUACAGGUGGUGGAGCUCCAGCGCCAGGUGAAUGAGCACGUGCUGCAGCGGGGGCAGCUGGAAGCCGAGCUGGCCAGGCUCCGUGCAGAACACGGGGCCCUCACCGCCAACCCGGUGGUGACGGCCGAGAAUCCCUUGGCGCAAGCUGAACGCUGGGUCUUGUAUACCGAGAUCCCAGCGGUGGAGGAGACGUCGAGUCUGUCCUAUCCUGGUCACAUCCUGGUGAACUUUGAUGACGAGGAGCUCACCAGUGCCCUGGGACCCUUGGCCGCCGUGAACUUCGCCCAGCGCAUCGGCGCCCUGACGGCCUUGGAGCGCGGCGACGUGGCACGCGGCGCGCUGAAGGCGUACUGCGGGGAGGACCUGCAGAAACGAGGCUACUUGGAUGCUACUGGUGUCCACUCCUUCGUUCGCUCCGUCUUCCAGCACCAAAACCUCACCCCGCCCAUGGAGGAUCACGUCUUGACCUUCUACAGGCUCUUUAGCCACGAAGCAGAUCCCUUGGACGCCCGCAGCUGCCUCUGCCUCUGCGAUGCCCUACUGCGGGCCGUCCUCCGCACCAGCGGGCGUCGGGCCGCGCGGCCGGUGGCCGUGGCGGAUAGCCAGGGCUUGGGGCUGUUGAGGAGGGAACCUUCAGAAGCAGACCAAGACUCAGUCCCUGCAGUUCCCGCAGUUCCUGCAGCACCUGCUGUGCCUGCAGCCCCUGCAGUGCCUGCGAUGAAGUGUGGCUUCUGUGGAGAAGAAUUUGAAGAAGAUUCCAUGUUCUGCACUAGCUGUGGUGCGCGGCGCCCCGAAGUGGUAGCCGAUUUGGUACCCCCUUCACCUGCACGGCCGGAACCUGUUUCGAGUAGUGUGCCAUUGCCAACACAGAGCAGCCAGGGAAGGUUGGGGUCGCCAUCCCACACUUCACAUUUGAUGCCUCCGCGCAUUUGUCAAGCCUGCAAGCGUCUGCUGGCAGACGAUUCGGACUUCUGCAGCAUGUGUGGCCAGCGUUACGUGGGACCCGCAGGCCCCCAGGCGCCACGACCCGUGGUGAGCCCCAAGUGCUUGGAUCAAAGUCGCAUCCGCACUUGUCGCCCCGUGAGUGCUGAGAUGGGUGCCCGCAGCCUGCAGGCUCCUCCGCAAAGGGUUGCGCCGCCCACAAUGCCCAUGCAGUCGAUGCCAGUGACGUAUGUGAGGUCGCAGUGAGGGAAUGUCGCAAGGCCAAUGUGCUAAUGCAGUCUUGAGAAA